GGCAAUAUGAUUAUAUGAACUAUCAUCUUCUUAGUUCUCUUAUACCUCUGCCUUCAUUCCAUCAAAAAACAAUUCAAUCCAGGGCACACAACCCUACCUUCGACCCAAUUUUGAUUUUGUUUAGAGAAGAGAAAUCUAGGCCCUUGAUUUUCAUCCCAAAUCUUUACAAAAUCGCAGAUAAUUUUAAAAAAACAAAAUUGUCCUUUCACGACUCUCUUCAACUGCCCAGGAUCAAGCGAAUGCGGCAAGGAUGAUGCAAUUCGUCCCUUCAAGUCUGUGCUCAAAACCGAUAACCAAAACAGGUGCAAUCAAACCCAGUUCAACCGCCAACCUCAAUCACCAUGCAGAUGUUUAAACAGGGAGGCCCGCCGCUGACUCCGUCCAAAAUACCAAAACGACGGUGGACGAAGAACAACAUGGUGACAAAGCUAGCGAUGGCAACGACCGGAUCCUUAGAUUGUGGAUAUCGACGAUGAUUUGCAUCCGAGAAAUCGGUAUCAAGAGGUCUUAUUAUGAACGAUUAAUUCUUCUAAUGUGGAGGAUGUUCAGUAGAAUGAUGAUGAGCUUUGGGUGCCAUCAACAAGGGAGGAUUUGGGUUAUGACUUGCGUCAUCAGAAGAAGAUGGAAUUCUAUAUAGAUGCAAAUCUAAGGGGUGAGUCAAAGUUUAAUUAAACUUGAUGUUUAUGGUUUUCUGAAUCUAAAAUUAAAUGCACAUAAUUAGUUUAAUGAAUUGUUAAUCAAAUAUAGGAUAAUUUAUCUAACAAGUACUGCUUGUUAGCCAAGUAUUCUGUACCAAGCGCACACUUAAACUUAUAAAGUUGUGCUUGGAAUUGGAUUGAACCUAUUUUUGAGCUCGUGCAUUUGCAAGUUGCAAUUGUGUUCUUCUUAAAGAUCAUGCAAUAUUGGUUGCAAGUGAUGUACGAAGAACAAAAAGGAACAUGUAAGAUAGGCCUAAGAGAGUGUGCGACCAGGCGAUGACGACAACCAGAGCAGACAACUCUGGUGUUUGGACAUCAAGGUAGCUAGACUUUCUUAUCUGGAACAAUAUCAUGGUCGGUGGUGAGUGGAUGCGGUAUAUAAGUUUGGGUCAAUUCCUAUUCAGGUACCUCUAUGGCUCUAAAGUUACUUUUAUAUGGCUUCGAAUUCUAUGGCAUACUCUAUACUAAGUGCAACAAACUAUUGGUUGUUCCUCUCUAGCUAACUUUAUUAUUUGACAUGUUUGAGAUAGGUAACCUCCAAAAUUGAUCAACAGAUAAGUAAAUGGGUCACCCAUUCAGGGGAACUUACCACCUAUAUGUUAGAAUUGAUAACAAAGUGUAGAUUAAUGUAAUUAAAUUGAUAGAGUAUAACUUUAAGGGCUGAUUUUGGGAGUGAAACAGCCCGGGAAUAUGAGUUUCAAGAUAAAUCUGAAGCUCUAGGGGUUAAUUUUUGAAUGGAAAUUGAUUUACAAGCUGAUUUUCAAAAGAAAAUUAAAGUUUUAGAGGCUGAUUUUUUAAAGGAAUCAGAAUUUAAAAUUGAUUUUCUUAGCCAAAGUGAACCUUUAAAAGCUAAGUUUGAAAAAGAAUUUGAAUUAGGGACUGAAUUUACAAUUUUAGUGGCUGAUUUUUCAAGAGUAUGGUGCUGAUGAUGAUUUUCAGAAGUAACUUGUACCUUUAAAGGCUGAUUUUGAAAAAGAAGUAGAGUUUGGAAUUGAUUCUCACGAAAAAUUUAAAAGUUUUGUGGCUGAUUCUAAAAGUGAAACUGAAUAUGGAUUGGAAAAACUUUUUCAUGAUCUUAGUGGGUUCCAAAGUUAUGAAUCUGACCGUUUAGAACAUAAUCAAAAUAAUAAAGUUGGCAUUCACUUUGAUGUUGAUAUCGCUUCCUUGAACUUGAAAAGGAACAAACUGAAUUUGAUGUAAGAACUAUAAGAGAUUAUUCAAAGGUUGUUCAAAUCAAAUUGCUAGAGGUCUUAACAUAUGAAAAUUUUCAAUUCUUUUCUACUUUUAGAAACCCUAUGUUUGGAAAAGUUAUAUUUUCCUUUAGGCCUAAUAUGCCUUAUGUGCAAAGGUUUCUAAAAGUUGAAUCUAAAGAUGAAUCACUGAUUUUAGCAGAAUCCCUACUCCAAAGUGCCCUUCAUCAGAUCGCAUUUUGCAUAAAAACUCGGUCAAAUAGGUUUAAUUUGCAAGGAAUUAAGUUUUUCAUGUUUCAAUGCUUAAAAUAAACUCAACAUGUUGUUUCUUUAUUUGAGGUUAAAAAGAUCUCGUUUAGCAACAUAGGAACACUUCCUUUUGAGGUUGAUUUUAAUCCCCUUCUUAAAAUGAAAGUUAAAGAAGGGGCUGAUUCAACUGAUUUGAUAUGCAUUCCUAUUUUAGGAAUGAAAAUCAGGUGACCAAAGCAUUUGCUUUAUUAUCCUGUCCACUGAGGUAAUACCUUUGCAUUCUAAUGUUUGUUUCAUUAAAUGAGUUUCUAUAUUUCUUACAAACAAAGAUAAGGUCCAAUGGGGUUUUUACUUUCAGAUAGAUCAAAGUGACAAGUACGUAUCCCCUGACAUUCACUCAUGUCCCAUAGGCGCCAGUGAAUGGCAUUCAUGGUUCUUAACUGUAUACUGUCGAGGCAAAACAUCCAUUAGAAAUUAGUGCUAUUUUGACAUGGCUUAGGUGGUGGUGAAUGACAUUCAUGGUUCUUAGUUGGAGGGCGAGUCAUCAGAUCAACCUAAAGGGAAGAUGCAUUCACACUGGAAGUCUAAGUACACUCUUGUGAAAUGCCAACUUAUUCCUUGGCAGUGACUUUGUCUUCGAAACCAGAGGCUAACAUCAAAGGCCGAUCACGUCCGAGACAGCAAUCGAAACCAAUAAGGUAUCACCUUUGGAUUAAUAGUAUGGAUCCAAGUAAUUCAUUGGAGGGAUAGGGAAGCUUAUUGAAAUUUUCCUUCUUAUUUGAAUAGAUAAAUCAUUGUUUCCUGAAAACAAAAUAAUUCUCUUCCACAUCUUUAGAGGAUGAAGAUCGUAGCUGCAAAAGCAAAGGAUUAUUUUAUGCCACUUGCUUAUGCAGACUGUUGGAGUUGGUUGUGGAAAUACAAGUCACUCUAUGGCAUAAUUCUACCACCUGUGUAUGUUCUUUUAAUUAUUCUUGAUACAGUUUACAAUAUUUUUU